ACCAGAGGCCUUUUUCCUGAAACACUGACCACACACUGCAUGCUGAAGCUCCUGUGUUCUCUUCUUCUUCAGUAAUUACUUAAUGACAUGAGCUCAAAGACACUUUCUGCAGUGUUACAGAAGCGGAUCCGCCGCCUGUGUCUGAAUGACUUUCCUUGUGGACCUGUCAACUGGACAAAAAACUGUCCAGACAGAGCAGACACAGAGGACAUAGACGCCCGCCUGGAUCUGCUGAGGUGCCCUCACUCUCCGUGGAAGUCUGAUCCAUCAUGGAGCCCUCAAGCUCCGGCUCUGAGAGAGCUGGCUGUGCUCACACCUGGACACCUGAAUGAUCGCUUCAUUUACAAUUACUUUACUACACUUCGUAUUGUGGACAAAGGCGUGUCAGUCAUCGAUGAGGGCUUGUUAAAGUUCUCAAAACUGGAGGAAUUGGUGCUCACUUCCAACGAAAUCACAGAAAUCUCAGCACAAAACCUUCCCAGUACUUUGAAGAUUUUGGAGCUUCGUGCCAAUCGGUUAUCUGCUCUUGACGGUCUUACCAGCAGCCCGCCUCCUCGCCUGCACCACCUUGGCCUUGGCUCAAACAGUUUUGGUUCUCAUGGAGACGUCUUUCAACUUACAGGAAAACACUGGCCACAGCUGUUGUCUCUGGAUUUGGGUGACUGCGAGUUUCAGGACCAGCAGGCUCUGGUAAACACCUUGACCACACUCCCCUGCCUCAGGACACUGGUGCUGGAGGGAAACCCCUUCACUCUUGCAUCCUGCUAUCCGGGCUUCACUCUGGACAGUCUCCCACGGCUCUCUUACUUGGACACUUUACAGAUCUCCCCCGAUGAAAGACACCGAUUUAGGGGCUUAGCCAAGAUGAGUGAUCUGACAGUGGACCGGGCAUCAGCCACAGUGAGCAUAGGAAGGAUGAGGGGAAUCCCAGACCCGUUGAGUGCAGAUAACGGCACUAACUCUGACUUCCCUGUUGUCACCUACGGAUAUUUCAUCACGUAUGACUUCUGCGGUCACGAAAUACCUGCUGACCCGAAGCUCGACAGCGAGUCUAAAUUGGACGCAUCUACCACCGCACAUGUGACAGAAGAUGGCUUCAGUGAUGCUGACUUACAAUCAAACAGAAACUGUGAAAAAGAAACCUCCAAAUUAGACACACGUGACUCGAUGGUGUAUGCUGAGAGAACCUGCCAUGAGAUUGCACAAGUAUCAAGACACAGCACAGCGAAGCUGACGUGGUCAGAGUGUAUGGAUUUCAGUGACACACAAACAUACGUUGUUAGGAACCUAGGAGGCUUAAAGAGAUUCUUCAAUCUAGGACUUAAUCUUCAGAUAGAGGAGGAAAAGGUCCUAUCGUGGCCUGCAGUUUCCAAAGACAUCACGAUGACUAAAUCCAGCCAAAAUGAAAAAGAAAAGAAAGGCGGGAAAGACAAACAGACUUCAGUCAAAUCAGGUUCCACUAAAGAGAAGUCCAAAGACAAAAAGAAGAAAUCGGCACCAGAGCUGGUCCAUGACGCCCCCAUCAGAAGACUCCUUGGCUCUGUCCACGUUCCCUUGCAAAGCCUGACCAGGAGAGGUCAAAGGGUUGAUGUUCUCUGUGACUUUGGUGUUCUGCAUACCGAGGAAGCUCCACAAACGCUUGAAAAGGCAAGUUAGAAAGAGG